UCCUCUCGUUUCAAUGGAGAUUUCCGCAACAUCUGGAAUCCCACAGCAGUCCCAAUGGCUUCAAAUUACUCUGUCAGAUUUGGACAAGAAAAUGAAAGCCAUGAUGACCCUACUUCAGGAAUCUGAUGAAUCUAAACCUUCAUCCCAAAACUUCGAUGGUUCUAACGACUGGAAACAAGAACUCGUAAAAAUGUUGUCAGAGUUAAACAGAUCAUACUGUUCUUUAGCACAUAAGCAUGACCAGUUGAGGUCGAAAUCUCGAAAUCUACCUCAUUCUGGGUCUUCAUCAUUGUCCUCUAACUCAACAGAAAUCCAACAGGCCAUCGAUCAAAGAAGGGUCCUACAGGCCUCUAAUGAUCCUAUAUGGGAAGAUUCCGAUACUUGCCACGAAUCCGUCCUUGAUGAUUAUGAUCAUGAACAUUAUAGAUCCGACUUCGAACAUCUGAACAAGUUAGCAGAUGAUCUGGUAUUAACGGAACAUUGCAAUAUGGCUUUCAUGAGAAAAUCUGAAGAAAAAAUUAACCGAGAAUUUUCGGAUGGAGAGGAAGUUGUGGAGUUUCAAAAGGUGAAUACAUGGUUUGGAGUUACAGAGCUUAUGGAAGAGACUCUGCGGCAGCAAGCAGAACUAUUAAGAAGGAAUGAGGAAAAGCGAGAAACCAUCAAUCGGUUACGGAUGAAACUUGAGCACUUAAAGAGUGAGAACAAGAUCCUGCACCUGCAGAAAUGCCUCUAUUGCUCAAACAUUGGUUUAAAGCGCAAUCAUUCUCAGAGAUCAAGAUCAACAAGACUAUCUGUAGGCAGAUUUUUCAAUGGAGGUUGUUCAUAGUUUUUUUUUCUCUUUGUUUUUCGAUUAGCAUCGUUACAUUGGUAACUCCAAGAAUGGUCUAUAAGUUGUCUGAGAUUUCUUCUAUGGAUUCAAUAAUCAAUCUACCACGCAUUUAGAUGUGCUGAACUCACACAGGUAGAAGGUGAUGUAUCCCUUCAAUAACUAAUAGGAAAACC